GAGGGAGGGAGCGAGUGAGCGAGCGGGCGAUCGCGCGAUCGGCGGGCGGAGCGGAGCAGGGGCUGGGGCCGGGCGGCCGAGCUGAGGCGGGGGCAGCGGCAGCCCGAGCCCGGGGGAGCUGGGCGGUGCCCGUCGCAUCGCGACGCCUCGCCCUCGAGCGGGUUUCUCCUCAGGGAACGGCUCCCCUCCCUGCGGCGGGCGCGCCCGGGAGCCCCCGUCCCUCCCGCCGCCCCUCAGGUGAAGCCCCCUCGGCUCCGCGCCCGCCGCCCUGCGCCCGCCCCUCGCGGGCGGCCUCGUCCUCCCGCCAUGGCUCUCUGCCGGCGCCUGGCCCGGCUGGCCGCCCACCUGCAGGACCCGCGGAAAGUGGCCGCCUUCCAGCGGCUUUGCGGGGUGGAGGGGCCUUCGGGCUGGGCCGACGCGGAGCAGCAAGCCGGAGGCCGGGAGCCGGUGGCUAACGGCGGCCCCCCGGCCGCGGAGCAUCCCGCCGGCAACGGGACCGUGCCCGGCCGGGCGGGCCCCUCGCGGCCGUGGAGGAGGAGGCCGCGUCGCAACUCCCUGACGGAGGAGGACGGCAGCCAGGAGUUCUCCACCCGCAGCCGUUUCCUUUACUAUCUCUUCAGCCUGGGCACGGAGCUGGGCAACGAGCUCUUCUACAUCCUCUUCUUCCCCUUCUGCAUCUGGAACGUGGACGCCUGGCUGGGCCGGAGGCUUAUCAUCAUCUGGGUGUGGGUGAUGUACCUGGGGCAGUGCACCAAGGAUGUCAUCCGCUGGCCGCGGCCUGCCUCCCCGCCCGCGGUGAAGCUGGAAGUCUUCUACAACUCCGAGUACAGCAUGCCCUCCACCCACGCCAUGUCGGGCACUGCCAUCCCCCUGGCGCUGCUGCUGCUCAGCUACGGCCGAUGGCAGUACCCCCUUAUGUUUGGACUGAUCCUUGCAUUCUGCUGGUGCUCUUUGGUUUGCUGUAGUCGAAUUUAUAUGGGAAUGCAUUCAAUUUUGGAUGUUAUUGCUGGAUUUCUGUAUGCUAUUCUUAUCUUGGUUGUCUUCCAUCCAGUUGUGGACCUAAUUGAUAACUUCAACUUAACUUACAAAUAUGCACCCUUAAUUAUCAUCAGCCUCCAUUUAGCCCUGGGCAUCUUCUCUUUUACUCUGGACACCUGGAGCACAUCGCGAGGAGACACAGCUCAGAUACUGGGCUGCGGUGCUGGAGUAGCCUGUGGCUCUCACGUUAACUACAUAAUGGGUCUAAAGCUAGAUCCUCCUCCCGAGACAUUACCUUUAUCCCUUUCCUCUCUCAGUGUAACUGUGUUUGGAAAAGCCAUAUUGCGGUUAUUGGUUGGAGUAAUAGUGCUGCUGUUAACAAAAGUAGCGAUGAAAAAAGCCACUAUUCCACUGGCAUGUAAGAUAUUUCGCAUACCACAUGACGAUGUACGGAAAGCAAGGCAACGCAUGGAAGUCGAGCUUCCCUAUCGCUAUAUUACGUAUGGAAUGGUUGGGUUCUCCCUCAUGUUUAUUGUUCCAUGCCUCUUCCAUUUUAUUGGUCUGUCUUGAUGCAGUUUUAUCACUUCAGGCAGGGAGAACAGAGGUAAUUGCUUUUUGAAGAGGUCCACUAGUUUGCUGAGGGAAGGCCAGUGAGCUUGGCUUUAGCAGGCUCUUCACUUUUAACAGCAAUACAUAGCAGGCAAAGCAUUUGAAGAACUUCGCACGUCUUUGGGCAUGGUAUGGGGCCAGAAGUCAAAUACCAUCCAUGAGAAGUGCCAAACUCUAUAAAUGCUCUGUCUAGACUUACUGUUGUAACAAAGUCUCUGUGUGAGUGUGAUGCAACGAAUGUGUCUGGGAUGUCUGUUAUCUGGUACCUGUAUACGCUGACAUUUUAACAGGUAUGUCUGACAGCUGAUCAGAAAGCUCCAUUGACGAUCUGUUUGCCAUUUCAUAGUAACUUAUUCAAGUUGUUGGACCAUAAGACUGCUAAAUUUGCUUUCUUCUUCUUUCCUGAACUCCUGCUUCAAGAUGUUUCAGUUAAUAGGCAUUUCUAACGGACCAAACUUGCAAUGAGAUUGAAUUUUUCUAAAUAAACAAACAGAAGCCUUUUUCUUUAGCCCCCUCUACAGAGUAAAAUGUCUGGAUUUGCAUUGGUAGAUAUCACUAGAAUAUAUAUGAUUCACGUACUGUAUUUUAUGGUUUAAUAACUGUGCCUUUUUGUUGCUAAAUGAAGAAAUGCCAUAUAUACUGUGAUGUAAAAAUGCUGAAUUUUAUUUAAAAUCCUACAUAAUUAGGUAGAUACUUUUAAAUGUUAGCUUAUCCAUGUUGCUGGCAUGGUUCAGGUUAACCAGAAUAUUUAGUUUAGCCUGAUCAAAAUUGCAUCAAUGAAAUGACCCAAGAAUCGUGUCCUUAAGCUCAAGAUGUUGUAAAUGGACAAUAAUCCCUUUUGUAAGUGUUUUUAAUGUGUAUUGUAAGUUACUGGAAGAGGAUAUAUUUUUCUGGAGAUUGUUUAUACAGUGGACAGAUAUUCAAAGUUAAUUGUCUAAAAAUAUAAACAAUAAACCAACCCCAUUUUGCAAAGAAAUGGGCUUCACUUAUUAUUCCAAACUAAUCUAGAAGGACCAUUGUUUUUAGAUACUUGCUUAGAAAAUAUAAUAGAUUCUAGAAAAAAAAAGUAUUUUUAUGCAUUAACAUUAUAUUUGAAGGUGAUAAUCACUUUUACCCAAUUUAGAUAGCUAUAAGACAAUAUAAUGAUCAAAUUAAAUUUUUAAUCAUUCUUAUAGAUUGUUAGCAGUCAAGACAGUACAGUCAAUGCGUAAAUGGUUUGUGCAUAUCUAAAUUUUACUGAAUUAUUAUGCACUUCUCAGCCUUUCAUGAUCCUUUUUCCAGUGAUGAGUGGAAUAUGACCCUUCAACUGUAAUUUCAUGUGCCUCUCUUGUGUUUCCUUUUGUCUAUGUUAAUGUUUUGCCUAAUCUGUUCUUUCCAUGUCAGGAACCGUCGUAUUGCAGCAAGAGCUGUCUUAUUGUCUGAUUAGACAUGACUUAUGUAGUUUUGUAUUGUAUGUUUUUUUUCAGGAAAAACAUAAUUUGGUUGGGAAGCGUAGUGAUUAUAUAGAAUACAAAGCUUACAUUUUUUGUAAACAGUAUUUGGAAUUGGAAAAUUUUUUGUAUUGGAGCUUGUAUCUCCAAACUGUUAAUAUAUAAAUUAACAAAAUUAACUUUGUAUUUCUUCAAAGCAGUUGAAGUUAUGGUAUGCUGCCAUUAGAUGAUGUGUAAAGCUAACUUUUCUGGUGCAUUUCUUCAGUGCAUUCAGAACGCAGCCCUAUGAAUGUAUUCAGAACUGAUAGUGUGUUAACUUCUAGAGCUGAAAAGACCUUACCCAGUAGAAAAUGGUUAGCUUGUUUCAGUGCAUUUCUGGAUUUGAUUUUUCUGUGAGUUCCUUGUUAGCAGUUUCAUACAAUAAGUGCAGUAAAAGGUAAAUUGAUUUCCAUGGGUUUGGCUUUGCACACUUAAGAUAGUAAUUACAUAAAUAGUUGGGGGGAAUGUACACAAAAUGCCUUACGCUUAAAGCCCUGAGCAAGUGGUAUAGUUCCAAUUACAUUAAAUUACUCUUGAGGACUGGUGAAAUAAUAGUAUAACUUUCUCUGAAAUUUGGGGCAUACUCUCCUUAAAUAUCCUAGCUUUACAGUUUAUAAAGAAAAAUGUUUAAAAUCUAGCACAGAAGAGACAGGUGAGCAAAACUAAUUUUUUUAAGGUACAUGUUUGACUUCUAAAGAACUCCAAGUUUACAGCAUGAGAGUGUUCUUAUAGCUGUCUUUUCUAGCUGUGCUUGCACUGUUGUACUAUUAAAGAAAAUAAUCUACUGUGGAAGAUCUAGAAUGAGUGAAAAAAAUCAUAUGCAGAUAGGGCUUUCAACGGGCUAAGGAAAAUUGCACUGUAGCUUAUUCUACUGUUACUCAUAAAUACAUAUUUUAUAUUUUUGUACAUUACACUGGGUAACUUGGAAAUGUCAUGUUCCAUGUACCAUGUAGUCUAGUACACAGGAAAUGUGUAUCAGAAUGUUUAUAUAGCACCUUUACAACCCUGUCUCUAAGACUGCAACUACUUUACUGAAGUUUACAUGAAAAAGUUUUAGUAUUCUAUUUUCAUGUUUUAUAAGGGGCUAGGCUCAAGAGGGCAGUUUAGCACAAAAUGUCAUGCAAUAUGAAUACUGUUACAGAAAAAAGAAUCUAAGACAUGCAAAAAUUCAGAAAUCCAACUUAAAACUUGUAUUUUAGUAUAUUUUUGUUCAGUAAUAAGCUAGGAUUUCUUCAAACAGGGCAUAACAAAACAGCAGGUAAAAUUGGAGCACUUUCUUUGCCCUAAGCUAUUCUUAGAGUUGAACAUGAAAAAUGUUUCUAGUAUGAGCAUCAGCUAGUACCAAAUUAUUUCUAAAUAAAUCUAACAUAGCUUUAAAAGAUAGGUAAAUGUCUUUUCAGAAGGACAGUGCACUUGAAACCUUUCACGAAGUGGUGCAAAACCAUAUUCAUAUGUCACUGCUAGUGAACUUCCUUAGAUCCAGGUUGUAUAGUUCUAACGAGAGAAAUGCUACUGUUUUAUAGAAGCAGAUAUAAAUACACAUUUAUUACAAAAACUCUACUGAUUUGAUUACUGUACGAAAUAAGCCCUGAAACUGUGUGGAGUGUAAUGUGGCACAAAAUUCUUGCCAAGAGGCUGAAGAGACUUGAAUUAGUCUUAGACUGCCUUAAACAGAGGAGCAGGAUUUUUUUCUGACUGUGGCCCUCAAUCAGAACUAACAUACGCAUUGCAUCUUGGGUAAGUCUGAAAAUCUAUAAUUUUAAAAAAAGUUUCAUGUUUAUAAAAAAGCUAUUACUUUGGCUUCCCAUACCGUGAACUGGGGUUGAAGCAUCUUUCUCCUGUGUGAUCACCCAGUCUCUGAUCACAUUUGCCUUACCAUUUACCUUGCAAACUGGGGGUGGGGGGGAGGUGGAGAAGAUAUUUUAAGGUAAAUUGGCAAAAUAAAGGGAAUUGUAUUUUGUUUAUUUACUUGGGUUUUGGUUUUUUUAAGCUUAUGUUUAGCUUUUCUCCUGGAAAAAAACCCAACAAAUGCAUUUCUUCUAAAAUGGUAUCUCUAAAUGUGAUACAUGGCUUUAUAUUUUUUUUACUAGAACAGUGUUAAAUUGUCUGGAUUUUAAAAGCUAUUAUGCUUUCCUUUGCUACUAUUUUUUAUUACUGCUUUCAGUACUUUUUACUCCAUUUCUUGCUUAUUUCCCAGAGUGUCCUGAAUUUUUCGUAAGCAGUUGCUACUUAUGUGAAGAUUGUAAUUUUGAACUUGUAAAUACUUAAGGGCUGUUGGUGGCUGUUAGCUGCUCAAAUACAUAAAAACAAACCUUGCAUGUUGUAAGUAAAUACAUCUGUUGUGCUAAGAGUUGUUUCUAUUUCAGUAUUUGCUUUCUCAAUACAAAAAUGAGAUAUUUUUUUUCCCACACACAAUACAUAAGAUAUUUAAUAAUUCAAUGGUGUGAAGGGGCAUUGCUGUCUAAGUCCUGUUAAAUUUACUUCGAGUUCUGCACCUAGUUCCUUCCAUAUUACAUUGAGAACAAACCCUGAAGGUCAUGUCCAUGCUCUGACAGGUUUAUAGACAGUAACUUACCUUCUAAGGAGUAAAUGUAAUAUCCUUGCUUUUGAGGUCCGAGAGGUGGUUUUUUUAAAAAUCAUACUAGGCCCAGUUUUUACAAGACUUUUAAAGGGCUUAACUUGGAAGCUGUUUCUUAGUAGCUGGAACUGGCUGUACCUUUGCAACACUUGAUGCUUUCCCCUCUGUACCAUAACUGUGCUGAAUUAUGAGAUCCCAGAAUAAUGUCUGUAUAUAAAAUAAUGACAGGAGAAUUGAUUUCUUGGGGUACUGUGACUCAACUGUAAUUGAUUCUUGGGUGGUUUUUUUGGUCUAACGUAGAAUGUUUCUAGGUUAUACAGUGUAUCUCUGUAUUCUACAAAUAACUUUGAGGAAAAGGACUUUUGUGGGAUGAAGUCUCAUUGAAUGACUUCAGAACUUUAUUCUGGAAAAGCUGAAGUGGCCUUUUUGUUUCAGUAAAAAUAUAUAAGCCUAUUUUAAAAUUUACUGUAAAUAACAUAUUUGUCAAAUUGAUAGAUUAGUUGGGUCACUAAUGUUGUUUUUCUUCCUGUAGUACUUUUUGAAACAAAGGAAAACAAAGCUUAAUAUGGAAACAAAAUGUGAUAUCGUGUAGCAGAGAGGAUGUAACUCUUUAGGUAAUCUCUAAAAAGUAAGUAUUGCAUGCAGGAAGUGAAGUAAAUUUAACUAUGCAUUAGAAGAAUUUCUUUGCACUCCAUUCUGCACCAGAAAUAAUUUGCAUGUUGGUAAGUGUCCAUUUAACAAAGUGAAGCAAAGCAGUAUGUGCGUGCAGUGUAUAAUUAGUAACUGUUCCUGUAGGAUCAAAGAAGAAUAGAGGGGUAUGUAGGAGAAAACUAUGUUAAAGGUAUCGACUAGCAAGUGUAAAUAAAAAGUCUUAUCAAGUUGGAGCAUUUUAUUAGUCACUAAACAUUGACUAAAUUAGUCACUAAGUUUUUCCCACAACUUUAUUUUUGUUAGAAAGUAUAAUGAAAGACAAGGGUGAUAUUCCUGAAAUGGAAAUUAGAUCUUAAGACAAUUCUAGAUGUCUAAAGUAUCAUAACUGAAAAAGAUCAGUUCAGGAGCUAGUAACUUGAAAAAUAAGAACAAAGUUUGAGGGGGAUUUUAUAUUAAACUUAAUGCACUUAAAAAUUAUGCCAAAAUUUGGCCUAUACUUGAUUUAUAUGAAAUCUGUAGUACAAUAUAUAUAUAGAGAGAGAUAUAUACAUAAUAUAUUACAUAGUGGAGUUUAAUUUUUUAUGUAUAGAUUUUUUUCUUGUUACUGCAUACUCUGUUAAAAGCAAGUGUUUAUAAAAUAUAGAACAGCUUUGUCUGUGUGAGGUAAGGCUUAUGUUAGUAUUCUGGAAAAUAAUGCAGUUGUAACCCCCAGUCUCUCAACCUCUUGCAGAACUUUAUUGAAAAACAAACAAAACAAAAACAAACAAAAAAAAACCCCAAAAACCCUUUCAAAUGCAGGCCCUGUGCUAGUUGAGGAUCAUGUAAUGGUUGCUGUAAAAUAGUGUACAACUGAAGUUUUAAAUACAUUGUAACUUUUUGUUAUAUUUUUGUUAAUGAUUUUGUACUUAUUGUACACUUCUGCAGUUGUCAACUAAUGUUUAAAUUCAUAUUGACUGGUAACUGAAGUGUCUAACUUCAUCUGCAAUGAGUGGGUAAUAAACUACUAUUGGAUUCAA